CCUCUGCCCGCCGGAGCCGCACAGGCCAGCGCUGACAUGCAGGAGGCCGCCCUGAGCCUGUUCUUCCUCCUGGCAGGCCUGCCCGCCCUGCACGCCAACGACCCGGAAGAUAAAGACAGUCCUUUCUACUACGACUGGCACAGCCUCCAGGUCGGCGGGCUCAUCUGCGCGGCGGUUCUGUGCGCCGUGGGCAUCAUCGUCCUCAUGAGUGGGAAAUGCAAGUGCAAGUUCAGGCAGAAGCCCAGCCACCAUUCGGGGGACGCUCCGCCACUCAUCACUCCAGGCUCGGCCCAUAACUGCUGAGGACCCACCAGCCGGAAGGGCGUGGAGAGCCUGUCUCUGUCCCCAGGUCCCCGCUCUGCGCAGGAGCCGGAGCUCCAGGCUGGAAUUCUCCCUCCUGUCCCCAGACCCCGUCGCCUCUCACGGGAGGGUCUCUUUGUUCAAGUUGUAAUCUAAAAACGGUCUCGCCUCUGGCCCAAGCA